AGCAUAGAAACAUAAAAAAGGAAAAUGGGUAUACACUAAUGACUAAAGGAAAAAAUGAAUAAUUAAAAUGGUACGUAGUAGAAUAUUUAUGAAAAGGAAAAAUAUAAGUACAAAAUGUAAGGUUAAGGUUGUGUUGUACCGAGCUUUAGGCCCAUGGACAGAGCUUAACGUGCUAAUCUACAGGUUUAACAUGCGAUCAAGUAGGCCUAAAACGGGCCAAAGGUUGGAAUAAGACCUACCCUAUCAGUCUAUCACUCAUACCAAUGCCCGACACUCUAUAUAAGUAAUUAUAUAACUAAAUAAGUGGAUGUUACACCCCUCUUCCUAAGAAAUGAACUAGGUGCUCCUAGCACCAUCAAAAUUGUUUGGAUACUAGCUAAACAACGUUUUCUUAUCCUCACCCAUAACCAUACACUAUAUCACCAUUUCACAUCAUUAAAAGGAAAAAAAACACACACACACAAACAACUCCAAAACAUACCAAACCAAUUGAAAAAUGGAAGAAAAGCAAACAACACUAGUACGUUUUGGCAUUAUGGGAUGUGCAAGGAUAGCUAGAAAAAUAAGUAGAGCCAUCAAGCUAGCCCCAAACUCCACCCUCCACGCUAUUGCUAGCCGUUCACUCGAAAAAGCCGAGGCAUUCGCAACACAAAAUGAGCUAUUAGACGAGCAAGCGAAGUUGAUCAAGACAUAUGGAAGCUACAUUGAGUUGCUAGAUGAUCAAGAGGUGGAUGCAAUUUAUAUGCCUUUGCCCACAAGUUUGCACGUUGAAUGGGCUGUUUUGGCUGCUUCUAAGAAGAAGCAUUUGUUACUUGAAAAGCCUACUGCCUUAAACUUAGCUCAGCUUGACCAAAUAUUAGAAGCUUGUCAAGUUAAUGGGGUGCAAUUUAUGGAUGGAUCUAUGUGGUAUCAUCACCCUAGGACAGCUAAAAUGAAGCAGAUUAUCUCUAAUUCGGCUAAUUUCGGACAUAUUCGUAAGAUAAGUUGUACAUCGUCUUUCCGAGCAGGCUCGGAUUUUCUAAACAGCAACAUAAGGGUAGAUCCAGAAUGUGAUGCACUUGGAGCACUUGGUGACUUAGGCUGGUAUUGCAUUGGACUGAUCUUAUGGGCAGUUAAUUAUAAACUACCAAACUUUGUAACGGCUUUACCUGAAGUUACCCUUAAUUCAAAGGGCAUCAUAUUGGCUUGUACUGCCUCCUUUCACUGGGAGGAAGAACCCAAGACAAGUGCAACAUUUUAUUGCUCAUUUCUUUCUCAUGUGUCCAUGGACUUGACCGUGUGUGGUUCGAUAGAGUCUGUUCACGUAAAUGAUCUAGCGAUCCCUUAUCAAGAAAAAGCAGCCUCUUUUCUUCUCACAUCCGGAGCAAAGUGUGUGAAUCUUCAGAUUGGAUGGAAUGUCGAACCAGAGGAAGUCGUUGUGGAGUCUCAGCUUCCUCAAGAAGCUCACAUGGUCCAGGAAUUUGCUCGUCUUAUAAAGGGAAUCAAGAGUUGUGAGAAGUGCCCUGAUAAAACGUGGCCUGAGAUUAGCAGAAAAACUCAGAUGGUUUUAGAUGCAGUCAGGGAAUCUGUUGAUCGUGGUUACAAACCUGUGUAUCUGUAGGCAAACUGUAGUUGCACCUUUUGCAAACUGCUCAGUCAAGUGGACAUGAACAACAUGAUGUCUUUAUUUUUUAUUUUUUUUGAAGGACAACAUAAUAUCUCUUUCACAAGAUAGUGUCAUCAUCUCAUCUUAUAAAAAAAAAUGUCAACAAAAUCCAACAUUCAGUAAUACAGAGUAU